UCUUACGUUUCAACUAUUUAUUCAUUGUGAGAAAGGUUUCCAUAGCCAAGCAAAAUCAAUUCAGCUCUUGCAAUUCUCAUGAACUGUGGAGUCGUGUUGGGUUUCUAUUGUUGGGGUUGGGAGUUCUUAACUGCCCUUCUUCUCUUCUCUUCUUAUCAAUCUUAUUGAUCUUUCCUUUCUCUUCUUACACUUUUUCUCAUUCAAGGAAAAAAAUUACCCAUCUUUCUUUUUAGACAAAAAUAGAACAAUACAACAAAAUGGAAAUAAAAGAUAAUAAAGGAUUGUUGUUGGGAGGAGGAAGAAAGUGCACUCCGCCGCCGUUUUUGCUGAAGACCUACAUGCUUGUGGAGGAUCCGGCUACCGACAACGUCGUCUCGUGGAAUGCCGACGGGACGGCAUUUGUGGUGUGGCAGCCGGCGGAGUUUGCACGUGAUCUCCUCCCAACACUCUUCAAGCACAGCAACUUCUCCAGCUUUGUGCGCCAGCUAAAUACUUAUGGUUUUCGUAAGGUUGCAACAAGUAGAUGGGAGUUUCUGAAUGAGAAGUUCAAGAAAGGUGAAAGAGAAGAGCUAUGUGAGAUUCGGAGAAGAAAAGCUUGGAGCAACAACAAGCAACAAGGAAAUGUAGGAAACCAAGUGACAGGUCAAGAUUCUGAUGAAGAUCAAAGGUCGUCAUCAACUUCAUCGUAUUGUGGGUACAGUAAUCUGGUGGAUGAAAACAAGAGGCUUAAGAAGGAGAAUGGGGUGCUGAACUGUGAGCUGAGGAGCAUGAAAAGAAAGUGCAAGGAGCUUCUUGAUUUGGUGGCCAAAUAUUCAUCAGAUGAUGCAGACGAGAAGGAAGAAGAUGAAAGGCCAAUGCUGUUUGGAGUGAGGUUAGAGGUUGAAGGAGGGAUGGAGAUGAAGAGGAAUAGAACUGAGAUCACUGAAAGCGCAAGCAUUAUGCUGUCUCAGUCAUGCAAAUAGAUAUAUGUAGAACCUUAAAAGUGUUUCAGAAUAGAUUAUAUACUGAAAAGGAAUAAUCAUAAAUUUGAUUAGUUAGUUAGGAUUAUUGAAAAAGAGUGGUAGAUUUGUAGUUUCUUUGGAUAUCAUGGAACAACCGAAGACACCCUCAAGCAUAUAUGUUGUAAUUAUGUAAUGUGAUUUAGGAAGAUGACACAACUAAAAUAGGCUCAAGAGAGGCCAUUAAUUAGUUUAUUGCUGUGGGAGAAUAAACAAAAAGUGUUCUGUAAUUGUAUAAAAAAUGGUCUUCUUCUUCACUCCCCAUGAAAUCCACUGUUACUUCAUGUCACUGUUACAUUUCGAAA